AUGGCUAGAGACGAAGAAGAAGAAGAGGCACUGACCGUCGAGGGGCCCAAGGGGGUAGACAUGAUCACAUCGGUGCGUUGCCUCGGUUACCUGUCAAGCCUCAACCUCCUGGUGGCGGUGUGCGUGGGUAUGUACUUGCGCUGGGAGGUGACAAGCGAGCCGAUGAUCCUGGUCAUCUUCAUCCUUGGUCUUUUCGUCCUCGGCAUCGCAAGCAUCCUCCACUACUACUUUGGCAUGGAGCAAGCCAGCCUGAGCCUUUUCCAUCUGUGGUUUGGCUUCCUGCUGGGUCUCCUGUGCUUCCUCAACAGUCCCUCCUUGGAUUCCAACGUUAAGGAAGUGGUUGCCAACUAUCUCCUCUUGGCCAGCGUGGCCAUGAAGGUCGUAUGGGCCAUCACGGAGCGAAUAUGCCGCUCGACCCGCUACGAACCCAUCUUGUUGAAGUCCACCGAGUUCCUGGAGCUGCUCGGCUUUGCCAUCGCCAGCACCACCAUGCUUCUCAACAAGUCACUUGCCAUCGUCGGCCUCGUGGUGGCUCUGGGCGCUCUCAUCGUGGACUUGAGAAUGAAGUCCAUCCUGGCUUUGCCCAACCUGGUCAGCUUCGCCCUGGUCACCUCGCUGGUGUUUUUCCAAGCCUUGGGCAUCGCCGCCAACCCUUUCGCCUUAGGGUGCUACUUGGGGCGGCUGCUGUGCGAGCCCGUCUUGGACGUGUACUUCAGCGCCCUGGGCGCCACCGAGCGCUGGAUGCCCGUGCUGACUUUGGCGAACAUGUGGAGGCGCCUGUCCCUCCUGCCGUUGAGCCUGCUGGAGCUGACCUUCAUCGUCAUGGCUGCUUUUAAGCUCGGCCACUUGGAACUGUGGUACUUGGUGAUCCCAGGCUUCUGCCUGUUCGGCCUCUUCUGGUCCAUCUGCCACGUGAUCCUCCUCAUCACGGUGUGGGGCUUCCACAGCAAGCUGAGCGAGUGCCAGAGAGCCUGGCGGGCGCAGCGCUCGGACAGCCGCAGCUUGGAGCAGGUCAUGGCCUCCAGGGGCAUCCGACACUUUUGCCUCAUUUCCGAGCGGCUGGUGUUCUUCAGCUUGCUGUCCACGGUCAUUCUGGGUGCUGUAUCCUGGCAGCCGGCCAACGGUCUCUUCCUCGGCGCGCUGCUGAUCGUGCUCCCUCUGGAGUCGUUGGCCCACGGGCUGUUCCAUGAGCUGGGCGGCUGUCUCGGGGGAACCUGCGUCGGCUACGCUUUGGUCGUCCCCACAACCUACUGCAGCGCCGACGGCCAGCCCACCCUUCUGCCCCCGGAGCAGGCCCAGCAGCUGAACCUGCGUUCCACAGGCAUGCUGAACAACGUGCAGCGGCUCUUCUCGCACCACAUGAUCCAAACGUUCGGCUGCGACUACUCGGCCAGCGGCGUCAGCCUGGAGACGUUGCACACCAAGCUGCGCAACUUCCUGGAGUUGCGGACGGCGGACGGGCCGCGCCACGAUACCUACCUGAUCUUCUACAGUGGGCACACGCGCAAAGAAAGCGGAGCCUGGGCGCUAGCCGGCGGAGAGAGUUUUCAUCUUGCCCAGCUGUUGGAGUUGUGGAAGGAGAAGAACGCAGGCCACUGCUCACGCCUUAUCCUCGUGCUAGACACGGAAAACUCCCUCCCCUGGAUCAAAGAGGUACGUAGGGUAGACGGGGUCUACGUCGCGGUGCAAACGGCCGAGCCAUCCGCCGCCGGGCCCGACCCGGAGGCGGGCGAGGGCCCCGCGCUCGGGGACUUCACAUCCGAAUGGGUGGAGUUCAACUGCAGCCCGAACGGCGACGCGCAGUGGUGCGAGAAGGGGCGCGGCGUGGCGGCCGUCUACGGCGUGUCCAAACGCUGGAGCGACUACACGCUGCACCUUCCCACGGGCAGCGACGUGGCCAAGCAUUGGAAGACCCACUUUCCCAAGGCAACGUAUCCCAUGGUGCACCUCUCCAACUGGUGCUGCGGCCUCAACCUCUUUUGGUUCUGCAGCGUGUGUCUGCGCUGCUUCAGGAGGUGCAAACUGGCGUGGUUCCCACCUGCCGUUUUGGACACUGGGCAGGGCCUUAAACUGGUGCACUCGUAGGUGUGCUCCGUGGACGCUUGAACUACUUAGGCACGUAUGUUUGGUUGCAGGCAUCAUGCAGUCACAACACUCUUAAAAAAAAAAAACUUUUGGGUCAAAAAUAACCCAAAUUGGGUCCCAAAAAACGGGGCAACCUGUUAAGUUGGGUAACCUUAAAUAAUUCGCUAAGCCGUAUCCCCAAAAAUUGGGUUGUUUUAUGCGUUCAUCACUUUUGGGUCAAAUGAAUAACCCAAAACGUUGGGUCGGGCCCAAUGUGGAUUAUUUUUGAGCCAAAUGUUUUUAGGGUGAUUGUCAGACUAAAUGUCUGUUGAACAAAUGAUGGGAUUUCAGUCUUUUUUUUUUUUUUUUUUUUGUAUUCAUGUAACAUUAUUGAGAUCAUUCCAAUAUUCCUGAUGAAUAUUUUUGGCCCAUUAUUUUGCUUACAGUGCCUUAGAAUUCCUCUUUUGCACUAUAUUUGGCCUUUUUGUUGAUAGAAAUACACUUUGGUUCGAAUACGGGCCCAUGUUAAACUACGUCUGGUGAACUCGGGAGUGGCCUCUGAUGCGCAAAAUGACGCGUGCUUUGAAGGAUGGGAUGUCACCGCUUUGCAGACCCCACACUCUGUGCUGCAGGUGGGCUCCUUUGCGGUCACUUCCGAUCCAAAAAAACGCAGAGAUGGGCAUUUUCUUGAAGAAAGAAGCGUUCACGGUACGACAUGAUUACUGUUAGCAGUUUGAAUAGCACCUGCAAUCGUAGUAAUGAUGGCAAGUCAAAAACAAAUCAUGUAAUUCCCAUCCAAGAUUCAGGUGGGAACGGGCAGUGUUAUUAUUUCUAUUCUUUUGAUUUCAGAAGACCAGAUCUGAACUGUAUAUAAUAUCGAUAAUUUUACAGCAACGUGCUUCUUCCAGGAUUAAACGGUGUCUUUCAUAAUGCUAACCCCCCACCCCCUCCUCCCUCCAUGUGCCUCUCUGGAGUUAUGUCAGAACAAAACGUAUUUAAGUCAUUGUAACGUUCAUAUUUAUUGUAAUUCCAAUGUGGAGUUUGUCCGGAAAGGAAUUGCGAAUUGAUUAAAGAGAAUCAAUUUAAAGCAUGGCAAA